AUGGACUCGCACUGCGACUGUGCCGAGCCUCCGGCCGCCGAGCAGCCGUCGGGAAAGAUUAACAAAACCGCCUUCAAAUUGUUCAAGAGGAGGAAAUCCGGGGGCACCAUGCCGAGCAUCUUCGGGGUGAGGAGCAAAGGUGGGGAGGGGAAGGGCGCGAGCAAGACGGGGAUGGUGCGGAGCAGGACGCACGAUGGCUUGGCCGACGCCGUGCUGGAGAGCGGCAAGAAGGACGACGGGGGCGGCGGGGAAGCGCGAGGGAAGGAUGCUCCAAGCAGGGCGGCCGGCGGCCUCGGCAGCUCGGCCGGCGGCUCGGUGGCCAAAUCGCACAGCUUCUUCUCCCUACUGAGGAAGAACGGGAGGCCGGAGAACGGCAAGGCGGCGGAGAACGCGGAGCAGCGGGCUGGCGGCAGACAAAAGAAGGGGCUGAAAGGGAUCUUCAGCAGCAUGCGGUGGCACAGAAAGGACAAAAACGGCAAAGAGGAGAGGGGAGAAGCCUCAGAAAUCCCGUCCGGUCUUAUUAUGCCGGGGUCUCUGACUGCCAGCUUGGAGUGCAUCAAAGAGGAGGCGCCGAAACCUUUGUCUGAAACUCCGAACGGCGCGGGAGACGCCGGUCCCGAGUCGCAGCGGGAGAAGCGCGGCGGGGACGCGUGUGGCUCGGCCGGGGAGCCCGAGGCGGGAGCUGGGGAGUCGUGGGACGGCAGAACUCCCCCCGGAGAGGACCCUGCUGCUGCUGCUGCUGGAAGGAGACUCGAGGAGCUCUGCGGUGAGCGACCGGACCCGAGCGCAGGAGAGGUUGGGACUGCGAAGGAUGCGGCCAUAACAGGCUGCGGAGAUAUUAUUGCGGACCAGGAGGAGGAUGUGGGCAGCGGGAGUGGUGGCUGCGAGAAGAGCACCCCCGGGGCCAGCAAGCUGGGCGCAUCCAAGAAGCACUCCACCAUGGUUGCCUAUCAAGGAGGAGGGGAGGAGAUGGCCAGCCCGGACCAGGUGGAUGAUACCUACCUGCAAGAGUUCUGGGAUAUGCUGUCACAGACAGAAGAGACCGAAACAAGAGGAAGAGGAGGAGGUGGAGGAGGGACAAAGACAGCCGAGGAGCUGAAGGAGAACCAAGGUACUGAGGGGGCCCAGAACAGAGUGGUGGUGAAACGUGGUGGCCUCAACCAGAUCCCCAUUCACCUUAACAACAAAGAGGAGCAGAAGGGCAGGGAGAAGGAACAGCACGAAGGUGUCCCAAAUAGUGAUGAGGGCUACUGGGAUUCCACCACCCCUGGUCCUGAAGAAGACAGCACUACAAGCAUCCAGAAGGAGACCCUUCCCAGGGACAGCUACAGCGGGGAUGCACUCUAUGACCUCUAUGCUGAGCCUGAUGAAAACCCACCAGGAGGACCUCCAGAAGAAGAGGUCACCUGUACGCCACGCUCCAAGCCUGUGUCUCCAAUAACGACCACGUGCUCACUGAAAACGCCCUCAAGCACAGUGAAGGACUCCAAAAUACCCAUCAGCAUUAAACACCUUGCAUCGCAUCCUGCUAGCCAUGGAACAGAUACCAGUAACAGCCAUCACGUUGCACACCAUCACCUGGCCAAAAGUGAAAUGCACAGAACAAAAAUCCCUGUCUCUAAAGUACUGGUACGCCGAGUCAGUAACAGGGGCUUAGCAGGGACAACGGUGAAAGCUGCCACAUACCAGGACAGUGCCAAAAAGUAAUUGAAGAGCAGGUGGACAUAAAGAUAGACAGCAAGAUCAGUAUGUGAAAAUCUGCAUAGGAGGUCACAAACAGUGUGUUAAUUUUGCAUUGCCUGAAGGGGGAACCUAAAAGGCUUAUCUCACUAUACUAUGUCGGCCUGCACUUCUGAAUCUGUAUGGCUGAAUACAAGAAGACAACUUUUCAAGCACUUUUUUUUUUUUUUUUUUUUUUUUACGUUUGUAUCUUUUUUCUGCAGCACUGAGU